AUGGCGCUAGCAGGGGUUCGCCUGGUUCUGUGUGAGAAGAGGAUCCGGGAGAAGAGCGGCCUGACAGCGCACCACGACCUGGGUGAACUUCAAUCAUUAUCAAUUCCUGGGACUUACCAAGAAAAGAUUACACACCUAGGAAAUUCUUUGAUGAGUUUAACAAGUCUAAAAUCUUUAGAUCUCUCACGCAACUCAUUGGUUAGUCUCGAGGGCAUCCAGUACCUGACUAGGCUGGAGAGACUCAACCUCUACUACAACUGCAUUUCCUCGUUAGCAGAAGUAUUUCGGCUCCACUCCUUGUUGGAGCUCAUGGAUGUGGACUUCCGGCUGAACCCCGUUGUAAAGAAUGAGUCUGAUUACCGCCUUUUUGUUGUGCACAUGCUCCCAAACCUCAGACAGCUCGAUGAUCGUCCCGUGAGAGAGAGUGAACGAAAAGCGUCCCAACUGCACUUUACUUCAGGGGACUCUCUCGACUCAAGGCACAGUCUCCCAUCUACCCUGAAAGGUGGAAGGCCCCAACACUGCAGAGUGCAGUGUGCCGAUUCCUUGGCUAAGUGCCUGGUCCUGGAUGCUGAUGACGAGGCUGUCCUGAACCUCAUUGCAGAGUGUGAGUGGGACCUGAGCAACCCUCCUGGAAGCACGAGUGGCAGCCACAGGGAGCAGGAGACGGACUUCCCCAGCUCACAAGACUCCACGGAUGUGGAUGCCUCAGCCACGGCUUCUCGGAAGUCCAGCGAGUCGACACAGAAGAUGGCACAUCCCUGGCCGGUCUCUGAAAAGUACAGGAAGCACAGGAUGCCUGGUGCCAUGUUCCAGGUGUCCCCAGACCAGGAGGGCCCGGGCCACCCGGUGGGGGCCGGUGGGCCCCUGAGCUCUGAGGAGACCCUUGCCAGGCCGGGCAGCUCAGAGAGCUCCAGCGAGGGGGCCUGCUUUCACCCCGAGGCAGAGGAGCUGCAGCCCCGAGGGGCCAGCGUUGCUAGAGAGGUGGCACCAGAGGCGGCCUGUGGCUCUGCUGGGCAGCUUGUCCUCACCCAGGCAGGGCUUCACCUGCUGGCUGGGGGCUGCCUGAUGUUGCAUCUGGAGCUCCCAGAAGGCCGGCGCCAUGGGCAAGGUGCGGGUGGCCGGGCGCCCCUUCCCAGAGGCCCCACCUCUGUCCUUUAUGAGUGCCUUUGCUGCCUGAGGCCACCCCAGUCGGGGGCAGACCUGCAGCUGUCACGGACUGGAGCUGUGCCCGUGUGGGAGUUGGCCACCGUGGUGCCCGUGAUCCUCACAUCCCAAGACAUGGACGAUGACUUGAAGCGCCGCUUAGACGAGUCACUGGAGGAGAACAGCAGCUUGAAAUCCCUCCUGUUCAGCAUGAGGAAUGACGGGAAGGGCUCAGAUGCCACUGCGGCGCUGAGUGUGCAGGUGGCCGGACUGCAGACGAGUGUGAAGAGUCUGUCUGGCGAGAUCGCGGAGUUGAAGCAGCACCUCAGCCACUACGACAGGAUCCAGGAGCUCACCCAGAUGCUGCAGGAGAGCCACAGGUGCGCAGGGCCCAGCGCCGGCUGCGGGGCUUCACCCGGGGCGGCCCCGUCUGUCAGCUGCCGAGUCUUCCUGCAGCAGCGUUCCGAGAUGGGGCCCGUGGGGGGGACCCGUGGGGGUGACGUGCCGGGGGGACCCGUGGGGGUGACCUGCCGGGUGGGAUUCAUGAGGGGGACCUGCCGGGGGGACCCCUGGGGGUGA